AUUUUCUGUUCAUUCUCAUGUCCAUACGGGCCAUGCUACAGCUGAAUAAUUAAUAACAUUUUUUGUAAACAGUCAUGUUAAACUGAUUCUUACAAUAUUUGGAGUUAUUUAUAUCUAUUUUUCUGUUGUUGAAAUGCCAGGCCCCCUGCGGAGAGUAUGGGGCCAUGUACGGGUUUCCUGGCCCUGGAGGAAGUUCAUGUCCAUCGUGAACUCCCUAUGGUUCAUCAACUGGCUAGGACAGAGCCUGUUUCUCUUCGGCAUCCUCAGUAUCGCAGUGUUCGGGAUCCAAACUACCCUACCUUACUUCAAUCCAGACGAGUAUGACUGCUGGGUGAGGACAGUGUUUGGCUACUUCCUAGUCACAGAGAUCAUGGUUAACUGGCUCUGCUUGAAGUAUGUAGGCAGUGGCUACAGUCCGUUCAAGCAUGGGGCCAUGCCUGACAACGUCAAGAUUGGACAAAAGGUGUGUGCUAGUGUACCAAGUAUUCAGAAUGGUCUAGAUUAUCCAUACAAUGGUGAUAACAACAAAGCAAGGAAAGAUGCAACAGCAGUGAACAUGAUGUAUGUUGCCACACAAUUACCAAAUGGAAAUAACAAUGCUCCAGAGAGGACAGCCUUUCCAUAUUUCUCAUGGACGCCAUGUUUACGGUGUAACCGUCCCAGACCCCCUCGCUGCCACCACUGCCCGCUGUGUGACAACUGUGUACUUAAACGUGACCAUCACUGCUUUAUUGUAGGUGUAUGUGUAGGCUACAGGAAUCAGAGACAUUUCAUUGUAUUCCUGUUCUGGUGUGCGUUAGGGACAAUGUAUGCUCUGGUCAAUGAGAUUCCAUACAUGUAUUAUGUGGUGCUCCCACACAUAAGCUAUCUGGAUAUUUUUUUCCCAUUUGCUAUCAUCAGAGCAUUUUUUGGCUACAUUUCAUGGUACCACACACUGCUGAUAGUUGUGUGCUCGAUGGAUAUUGGAUUUGUUAUAUGGGCCUCAGGGUUUCUUCAGGUUCAUAUGUCAUUGAUACUGAGAGGGAAGACAACUUUUGAGGAUGAUUUCAAAAUCACUGUGACAGACACAAGAAACCGAUCUCAGAAAAUAGCAUCAGUGUUUGGACAGUAUUGGCUACUCAACUUUCUAGUACCUAUGCAUUUUGUGUUUGAGCCCCAGGAGGACCCUGUUAAAUGGUACUAUAUCAGGUCCUGAGGCUGUUCACUUGAAAAAUAUUACAUACUUUAUUGUCAAAUCAGUUUUUGAUUACUAUUUGCUAGAAUAUCUAAUUAUAUUUAUUUAUGAAAACUAAUGAAAUUGAUCUUAAUAAAAUAAAGUUAAAAUUGAUAA